AUGAACAUGGGGGAAGACAACGCCUUCGACGGCGAGGAGAGGCAUCAGGAGGAGCGUCGACAAAUGAAGGAUGCCGAAACUGCCAAUGCUGAAGCCGUUGCCGCUGGAGCCAGGCUAGCUGCCGGUUCUGGUCCCAAUGCAUUGCCUCUGGACACGAAUCAACUUCUAUCGGUUUUGGGCCUUCUCGACGACCAACCGUUAGGAACACCGGUGGUAGUGGCAGCACCAGCUGCGUCAGGCACAAGCUUGAAUAACAACGCAAACGUGCCGACAGUCACCUCCUUCGUGACGGUAACUCUGCCGGCUCAGACAAUCAUGGUCACGUUGUCAACAACAAUUACAGUGACUGGGACACCCCCAGUACCGUCUACCAUUCCUGUUCCGCCGCCGCCCCCUCCUCCUCCAGUGACAACAUCAUCACCACCACCACCUCCACCACCUCCACCGAUGAGUACGGCUCCGCCGCCGCCGCCGGUAGUGCUACCGCCUCCUCCUCCACCUCCCCAAUCUCCUGUGACCGGGAUUACGACUCCCCUGAUGGGAUCCGGCCCGUUGACAAUUCCACCCUUGAUCUCAGCUACCUCUCACACGUCCUCGAUAUCAGCAUCGGCAACAAGCAGUCCUAAAGGCGGCGCCGCUGGCACCCCUACUGCGGUCGUAUUACUCGGUGUUUUCGGUGGUGUUGCUGGUGUUUCACUGUUGGCAAUGGGGGCAUUUAUCUACGGCCUCAUGAGAAAGAGGAAAGUCAAGGGCGAGACUGAAUCUGGUAGUGUCGAGAGCAUGCAGAUUGGACGGCCCAUGCCGACCUAG